UUCCUGGUUUUAUUGGUAAACUCUGGAGUGGCGUUAGCACAUUUUGUUUCCAAAAAAAGCCAGUUAAGUAAUACACUACAGUUAACACUGGAAGCUCGACAUGCAAAAACAUCUUAAGGAAGAAGAUGGACCUCUUCCACUGUCGUCUUUGCGUCUUUUUGUUCCUCCACUGCGUCUGGCGUCUGCAGCUCUGUGGCAAGUUGUUCAGCGGAGAGACAUAAUGGACUAUGGCUUGGUGGAGGAGUUUGUCACCACUGUGUUGGAGGUAGUUCCUGAUCUGAUGAGUUACAGAGAGCGAGUCCAACUCAUUAUGGGGCUGCGGGCACAGCUGGUUCUGGAGUUGUGUCGCACAGAUCACCUAGCUGACCCCGACACCAUCCAGCCACACCUGAACAGGCUUAGAUCCUGUGUCAUCACUCAUAGGGAAAAGGAGAUUCCUGAUCCAGAGGUGGAGGCAUCAGAAUCCAACUUCCUGAAGCUGAUUCAAAGCCUGCUAGAAGACCCAAUUGAGAGGGAACACUUCUUCCAGAAUGUUUAUUCAGAGGAAUUCGGCCUCAAGUAUGACUCCGCACUGCAGAGUCUGGUGUGGGAGUUCCUGUCAAGGCUGGAGAAGUUACUUCCAACACCAACCUUUCAACAGGUACCAUGCUAAGAUGUUAUUGCCAUCAUCAGUCUACUUUCAUACAACAAUCACUGUACAAAGGGAUCCUAUACAAAUCGGUUGGUAGUGGUUGGACCAAAGGUGACAGUGUUCCACUUUGGACUGCAUCUUGGUUUGUACCUGACCCUUCUAUCUUGGAGGACUGUGUGCAGUUUGUGUGUCACCCCAAGCCUUUGAAGACCCUACUCCAGUACCAAAACAACACAUAUGAAUAUGUGGACACCAACGCUCCAUCUUCGGUCGACUACAUCCUCUCAUCGCUGUCGCUCUCUCCACUAAAGACAGUUGUGAUCUUUCCAGAUCAAACUGACCCAGAGAUCAAAUCAGAACCCAUGGAGGAACCUUUGACAUAUGAACAUAUAAACAUUCAAAGCCCAGCCUCAUCUGACAACGAUUCAGAAAUGCUUCCUUUGUUGGAGUCAGAUUACGUGAAGAGCGUAGAAGGGGUGCAUUCAGACAGACAUUUGAAUGUUGAGAUUUUGUCUUUACAAAUUCAAGGUUCGGAUGAGGUGUGUAUACACAAGGAAACUACUGAGGGAGACCUUAAACACGAGACAGUUGACAAAGAGUCAGCAAGAGAGAGAGAACUAGAUGAAGCUUUUCACCAACCUCAAACUGACAGUGGGCUAACAAUACAAAAACCUAACAGCAUCCAACAGAAAGUGCAGGACAGUUCUAGUUUGUCAACUUCCUGUCUGCUCCGUCAGCCCACGGUGCUACUGCACCGACUUGACAUGACUGAUAUGCCGUUACCUGUGUCCUCUCCAACAUUGAGUCCAACAUUGAGGAGAAAGAGGCUUCAAAUUAAAAAAGGGCGAUCCCAAGGACAGAGAGCAGGAUGGGUCAUAUCACCAGAAAGUAAGAGGAAUGCCAAUGGACAGCCACCACCAGAGACUAAACAAGACAGUGUAACCUCAGACGAUGAUGCUCCCAAGAAAAGGAAAGCUGGUAGAGGCCUAGAGGAAGAGACACUGCACCACAUCAAGGACUUUCACUCAGAGGAGUGCAGUGGACAGAACAGAGAACCUUUUGACAGUAUGCCUCAGUAUUCUUUGGCCCCUGACCUAUCCCAUGUAAUUGGGCAGUCUACUAGAAGCAAGCGGGUCAAAAUGUGCUCCUUAUGUAGGAAGACCUUCAUUGGAGCAAAGGAUUUGACGGCACACAUGAGAUCUCAUACUGAGCAGAGUCCUUACCAGUGUACCCAGUGUUUGCAAAGCUUUGAACAUCAGGAGGACUUACACAAACAUCAACAGAUUGGAUGUGAGGUGGCAACUCAACCAGAAGAGGACAACAUGUCUACGGCAUCUUUUGAAGAGGAUAACAUGUCUGCAACAUCUUUUGAGGAUGGGAUCGAGGCAUCCCAGCCCAAUGGCACUUUGCCCCUGAGCCCAACAACUUCUAAUGUUCGUCCCAAUCUUAAAGAGUUUUCCAAAGCCAGAACUUGCCAUGUGUGUCAGGAAACUUUCCAAAGUGCAUAUUUAAUGAGAAAGCACCUGAAUUCCAAACACGAUCAGCUCCCUUACCAGUGCUGCGACUGUGGAGAACAUUUCAAGAGGAAGUUUAAUUUAAAGGAACAUAAGAAAUUGUGCUUGGCGGCGAGCACAACAACUUCCAACAUUUGUCCCACUCCAGAUCAGUCUUCCAAAGCCAGAAAUUGCAGUUUGUGUAACAAGACUUUUGACAGUCCAUAUUUAAUGAGAAAGCACCUCAAAUCCAAACAUGAUCAACUCCCUUACCAGUGCCCGGGCUGUGGAGGAAAUUUCCAAAGGAACUUUCAUUUGAAGGAGCAUAAAAAAGAGUGCUUGGUGGCGAAGAGUCUCCUCUCUUGCUCUCUGUGUGACAAAACUUUCAUUGACGCAAGCAAUUUGACAAAACACGUGAGAUCUCACACUUACCAGUGCACCAAGUGUUUGCAAAGCUUUGAACGUCAGGAAGACUUACAGAAACAUCUGCAGAAUGUGUUUGAAGAGCCAGCUCAAUUUGAAGAGGACAACACCUCGAUGCCAUCUUUUGAGGAUGGGAAAGAGACAUCCCAGCCCGACGACACUUCCAAUGUCCUUCCCACUCGAAAGGAGUCUUCCAGAGCCAGAACGUGCCGUUUGUGUCACAAAACUUUUGACACUAUACAUUUCAUGAAAAAGCACCUGAAUUCCAAACAUGCUCAGCUCCCUUACCAAUGCCUCCACUGUGGAGAAAACUUCAGGAAGAAGUUUAAUUUGAAAGAACAUCAGAAAGAGUGCCAUAAACCCACUCCAAUACAGUUGUCCAAGGCCAGAACAUGUCGUGCGUGUCACAAGACUUUUGUUAGUGUACAUUUAAUGAGAAAGCACCUCAAAUCCAAACAUGAUUUGCUCCCUUACCAGUGUCUCGGCUGUGGAGACCAUUUCUACAAAAAUUCUCACUUGCUGAAACAUGAAAAAGUUUGCUCAGCGGCAAAAAGGCUCCUCACUUGUUGUGAGUGUGGUAAGACUUUUAAGCUCUCUCAGCUUAAGAGGUGUAACCAGGUGAACCAACAGCAGGCUCCUAGGGGGGGUCACCCAGAGACCAACACAACUCUAAUAGUGGAAAAUGGGAUUGAGAUACCACAGUCCUUCAGCACAACACCCCAGAACCCAACAACCUCCAAUGCUCUCACAAUUCAAGGGCAAUCCUCCACAAUAGCCAACCAUUAUGAAACAUGUAUUUUGUGUAAUGAAACGUUUGAAAAUGGAGAGAAUCUGAGAAAACAUAUGAAAUUCCAACAUGAUGUACGUACGUACGUGUGCCUUGUUUGCGGGGAGACAUUCCAAAGCAAAUCUGAACUACAGAAACAUUCUGACAUUCAUUUGGGCUCCAGAAAGUGUCCUUUGUGUGUUAAAAAUACUUCUCAAUCAACGCUGCAGCACGUUCAGAGACAACAGCAAGACUCGAGGGUGUCAAGUGAGGGAGUCAACCCAAACCAGCACCAAAGGGAUGUUGAUCCAGCAGAUGGCAGCAGCUCGCUGGCACCAAGGGAACAUGAGACAAAUAUCCCCCAGCCUUCAACCUAUCUAUGUGAUACAUGUGGUAAAGACUUCCCAUCUCUGUGCCGAUUGAAAAGACAUUUGCAAGUACAUACAGGAGAGCAGCCUUUUCCUUGCACGGAUUGUGGCAAAUGUUUUACUUGCAAGGGUAGUCUGAAAAUCCAUCAACGCCUUCAUACAGGAGAGCGGCCAUUUGCGUGCACUUUGUGCCCACAACGCUUUAUCACAAAUAAACACCUAAAAAGACAUAUGUUUACUCACACAAGGGAAAAGCCUUUUCAGUGUUCAGCUUGUGGGAAAACCUUCAAAACGAAACAAGGUUGGAGCAGACAUCAACAAUUUAGGCGUUGUUACCUGGAAAAACAUACUAGAGCAAGUUUUCUAGAGAAUCAGAAGGAUUUACAAAAACAUCAGCAGAUUGGGCGUGAGGAGGCAGCUCAACCGGAAGAGGAUAACAUGUCUACAACAUCUUUUGAGUAUAAGACAUCCCAGGCCCAUGGCACUUCAGCCCAGAGCCCAGACACUUCUAAUGUUCGUCCUACCCCAAGACAGUCCUCCAAAGCCAGGACGUGCCACGUGUGUCAUGAAAUCUUCCAUAGUGCAUAUUUAAUGAGAAAGCACCUGAAUUCCAAACAUGACCAGCUCCCUUACCAGUGCCUCGACUGUGGAGAACAUUUCAAGAGGAAGUUCAAUUUGAGGGAACACAAGGCAAAGUGCCAUUUUACGCCUUCCUCCAAAGCCAGAAAAUGCUGUUUGUGUAACAAGACUUUCAACAGUCCAUAUUUAAUGAGAAAGCACCUCAAGUCCCAACAUGAUCAACUCCCUUACCAGUGCCGCGACUGUGGACAUUUUUUUAAGCUGAAAUUUAAUUUGAAGAAGCAUAAGAAAAAAUGCCCCACUCUGAAAAGACAUUAGCGAGUACACGCUGGAGAGCAGAAUCCUUGCACGGAUUGUAGCAAACACUUUACUUUGAAGGGUAGUUUGAAAUCCCAUCAACUCCUUCAUACAGAAGAGCAGCCAUUUGCGUGCACUUUGUGCCAAGAACACUUUAUCACGAAUAAACAGCUACAAGGACAUACAUUUACUCACUCAAAGGAGAAGCCUUUUCAGUAUUAAGCUUGUGGGAAGGAAGACUUUCAAAACAAGGUUGGAGCAGACAACAAUUUAGGCAUGGUCAACUGAAAAAAAUAUAUACGAGAACAAGUUUGCUUGAAGAUUGAGUAAUUGUAAUUCCCGACCUUCACCAUUUCACUUGUGAUUUUGGUUCUUAUUUUAUUCUCUUUGAAUAGAGACAUUUUUGGUUUACAAACAAAUGUCAGCUUUGAGUGAUGCACACGCAUUCUCGUGUAAAAAAAAAGCCCUCUAGCAUAAUAUUUACACGCAGAUGUCGGGACCUUGACAAACUUAAUAGUUAUGACUAUGAAAACACAAGACUGGUGGCUAUAACUAUGUUCAAGGAGAGUAUUAUUCUUCUGGCUUUAUCAAGCUCUAUUUGUGAUAUUUUACCUUGCUGGCUUGGUAUCUUGCUAGGUAAUUCAUCCUCGGAAGACAUCUGUGACGUUGUAGACGAUAACCAUCGGACUACAUGUUUGUUAACUUGCAUAAGCUGCCGGCCGGGAAAUGGGUCUAUUACCUAUGUUCAGGAAUGUCCCCCAGAGCUGUUGCCAGAGAAUUUAAUGUUAAUUUCUCUACCAUAAGCUGCUUCCAAAGUCGUUUUAGAGAAUUAGGCAGUACGUCCAACCGGCCUCGUAACCGCAGACCAUGUGUAACCACGCCAGCCCAGGACCUCCACAUCCGGCUUCUUCACCUGCGGGAUCGUCUGAGACAAGCCACCCGGACAGCUGAUGAAACUUUGGGUUUGCACAACCGAAGGAUUUCUGCACAUACUGUGGUGCUUAUCGUCCUCACCAGGGUCUUGACAUGACUGCAGUUUGGCGUGGUAACCGAAUUCAGUGGGCAAAUGCUCACCAUUAAUUCGCUGCACGCUGUGCUCUUCACGGAUGAAUCCCUGUUUCAACCGUAAUGAUGGCAGAUGGCAGACCCACGUGUAUGACGUCAUGUGGGCGAACAGUUUCCUGAUGUCGUCAUUGUGAACAGUGUGCCCCAUGUUGGUGGUGGGGUUAUGGUAUGGGCAGGCAUAAAUUACAGACAACAAACACAACUGCAUUUUAUCGAUGGCAAUUUGAAUGCACAGAGAGAUACCGUGACAAGAUCCUGAGGCCAAUUGUCGUGCCAGUCAUCCGCCGCCAUCACCUAAUUUUUCAGCAUGAUAAUGCACAGCCCCAUUGUCGCAAGGAUCUGUACACACUUCCUGGAAUCUAAAAAUGUUGCAGCUCUUCCAUGGCCUGCAUACUCACCAGACAUGUCACCCAUUGAGCAUGUUUGGGAUGCUCUAGAGAGACUUGUACAACAGCGUGUUCCAGUGUUGACCAAUAUCUAGCAUACCCAUUGAAGAGGAGUGGGACAACAGUGGUCACACCAGGUAGUGACUCGUUUUCUGAUCCACGCCCCUAUCUUUUUUUAAUUUGAUUAUUAAGGUAUUUGUUAUCAUCAGAUGCAUAUCUAUAUGCCCAGUUAUGUGAAAUCCAUCAUUUCGGGCCUAAUGAAUUUAUUUCAAUUGACUGAUUUCUUUACAUGAACUGUAGUAAAAUCUUUUAAAUUGUU